AUGGAAAUAAAUAAUACAAGUGAAGUGUUUAAUACCACAGUUUUAAAUGAAAAUUACAGACUCAAAGAACAUGAUCAAUACACGGCUUACAGGCCGGUAGCGUUUUCAUUUGGACUUAUUAUUAUGUUAAGUAAUUUAACUGUUGUAGUGUCCAGCGGACUGAUACUUAAAAAAGGUCAACAACCGAAAAGUACAUAUAUACUUCUAGGCAAUGUAUCUCUAGCUGAUACUAUAAUCGGGAUGUCCAUGCUCAUUGGUUUCAGCUUCGAAAACCCGGACAGCUCAAACCCACUAUGUGUCUUUGAAUUAGGUAUGCUCGUGUGUCCUGCUAUGGUUUCAAUAUUCACCGUGGGUCUAAUUGCCGUCGACCGCUACAUUUACAUUUUGCACGGGCUUUACUACCAGCGGUGGGUCAAUACGACAAAAGUGCGAGUCAGUAUAAUGUUCGUCUGGCUAAUCGGACUCACUCUGGGAUUCCUCCCCGCAACUGGAUGGACCAACCACGACCUUAAUUCAAAUUGUUUUUACGUUGCUGUUUUCCCUGGACCUUUAAUCCUCCUCAACUCAAUAUUAAGCAUCGUACCUAUCAUAGUUGUCGCCGUCCUUUAUUCUAUAAUUUUAGUUAGCGCCUUAAAAAAUGUUAGAAAAAUCAAUGCGUCCGUAGACCAAGCAAAGUCAAACACAAAGUCUGUAUUACGAAUCUACAGAGGAAACGGAAACAACACACAAUCAGUGAAAACUUCAAAACAAAACAAUCAAAAUAUAAAACGGAGUUUAUCCUUUAAUUCCUGUUACGAAAUUGAGAGUGGAAAACUCGAUAGGAAGGAUUUUGUUUCUAAAAGCAAUACCGAUUUAACUAACGAAACAUUUCAACCGUUACCUAAUAAAAACAAGACAUCUUUUAAUAAUGUAUCGGUCAGUUUGUGUUCGACAAACAUAGGAGAAAGUCGAAAUACAAUCGGCCGAGACACUGAUAGCACCGCAGGUCAAAGAACUAAAGAUGCCGCAAGAGGUAAAAUAAAAGAAGCGAAUAAAUGGAGAGCGUUAACGAUCGUGAUGCUAACAACAGGAAGUUUUAUAUUUACCUGGAUGCCGUUCUUUAUGGCCGUCAUAUUUUAUGUUCUAUGCGAUGACAAGGAAGUCAACCCAAAAUGCCUCAACAUUAGAUUACUGCUCGCGGGACCAUUGGCAGCUCUAGCAUUUAUGAAUAGUAUAUUUAAUCCACUUAUUUACGUUUGGUGGCACAAAGGAUUCCAGAGAUAUGUACAGACAUGUUGGAAAAGAUAUAUUAGUAGACAUUUUAACGGAAAAUGUUAAUCUAUAUAAGACUUGAUGAAUGAAA